AUGGUCACUGUUGCAGUUGCAGGCGGUACAGGCAAAGUUGGCCGUACCAUAGUCGAGGCUAUUGUUGCAGCAGGAAAACAUGAAGUCGUUGUCCUUAGCCGAGAAGAAAACAAAUCCUUGGAACAAGAGCUUGGCGCUCCCAUCCUGGCGGUUGACUCCCACGACGUCGAUGCCCUCACCCAACUCUUCGAAAAGCACAAUGUCCACACCAUUAUCUCAACAUUCGGCAUGAAUGGUCCAACACCUCCAGAACUCGAACUCAUCCAAGCGGCAGAAGCAUCUCAGUCGACAAAGCGGUUUAUUUCAAGUGAUUGGGGUUUGCCUCACACAGAAGAACACACCAAACAAGCAAACUCAGCAAACAACAAGUUCCGCGCUCAAGAAGAGCUUCGAAAAACAAAGCUCGAGUGGACAUCUAUCCACAACGGCUUCUUUGUUGAUUUCUGGGGUUCUUCUGCAACGAAGUCUUAUUUGCACAACGCCGCUACCUUUUUGGAUAUCAAACAUCGAACAGCUGCUAUUCCAGGUUCUGGAGACGUUCCCGUUACGUUCACGUUUAGCAAGGACGUGGCAAGAUAUGUUGCUGCCUUUCUUGACCUGGAGAAGUGGGAGCAAAGGACGUUUAUCAUUGGUGAUAAAGUUACGAUGAAUGAGAUGGUUAAGAUUGCGGAAGAAGCCACAGGAGAUAAAUUCACUGUCACUCACGACGAUAUCGAGACGUUGAAGAAGGGACAUUUGACUGAACUACCUGGCCAUGUUCCUAUGUACGACUUUGUGCCCAAGGCUGUGUUACAAAGUGUGAUGGCAGCCUAUGGCUCAUGGGUAGAGACUGGUGGUUUUGAUCUUGAUGAGAGUAGGACGUUGAACAAGGAGUUUCCUGAUAUCGAGCCAGUUAGUGUCAAGGACUUUCUGCAGGAAGCCUGGGGAACUAAGAACUAG